UUCUACUUCCGGUUCACGUCCCGCUGUCUUUUCUUUUUUUUCAUGCGGAGACAGAAGAAAUAAAAUGAUUAAUUUUGAUCCGUGCGCAGCGUAAAAGACGCGUUUAUGUAUAUUCUUACGUAGACGCGCGGUGUUUUUGUGUUUGUUCGCAGCUGUUUUUGUGUUCGCCGAUUGUGGAAAAAUAAAAGUUUAGUCUUUUAGUUUUGAAGCCAAACAAAUAAUAAAAAAUGGCUCCAACGAUUCAGACACAAGCUCAACGAGAAGACGGCCACAGUCGGCCGUCGUCUCACAGAACUGUCCCAGAGAGGUCUGGCGUCGUGUGUCGAGUGAAAUACUGCAACAGUUUACCCGACAUCCCUUUUGACCCGAAGUUCAUCACCUACCCCUUCGAUCAGCACAGGUUUGUUCAGUACAAAGCGACGUCUCUGGAGAAGCAGCACAAGCACGACCUCCUGACCGAGCCUGACCUCGGAGUCACUAUCGACCUCAUCAACCCAGACACGUACCGCAUCGACCCCUCUGUUUUGUUGGAUCCUGCCGAUGAAAAACUGUUGGAAGAAGACAUCCAGGCUCCUUCCAGUUCAAAGAGGUCACAACAACACGCCAAAGUGGUUCCGUGGAUGAGAAAGACCGAAUAUAUCUCCACAGAGUUUAACAGAUAUGGUGUUUCCAACGAGAAAGUGGAAGUCAAGAUCGGUGUUUCCGUCAAACAGCAGUUCACAGAAGAAGAGAUCUACAAGGACAGAGACAGUCAGAUCUCCGCCAUCGAGAAGACGUUUGAAGAUGCGCAGAAAUCGAUUGCACAGCACUACAGUAAACCCAGAGUUACUCCUGUGGAGGUUCUACCUGUGUUCCCUGACUUCAAGAUGUGGAUCAACCCGUGUGCUCAGGUCAUCUUUGACUCUGAUCCUGCACCUAAAGACUUCUCAGGACCUGCAGGAGUGGACAUGAUGUCACAGGCCAUGAUCAGAGGUAUGAUGGACGAAGAAGGAAAUCAGUUUGUGGCCUACUUCCUGCCACAUGAAGAAACGCUCCGUAAGCGCAAGAGAGACUGCGACGAGGGCUUGGAUUACAUGCCUGAGGACGUAUACGAUUACAAAAUAGCCAGGGAGUACAACUGGAACGUGAAGAACAAAGCCAGCAAAGGUUACGAGGAGAACUACUUCUUUAUCUUCAGAGAUGGAGAUGGUGUUUACUACAAUGAGCUGGAGACCAGGGUGCGUCUGAGUAAGAGACGAGCUAAAGCUGGAGCUCAGUCGACCACAAACGCCGUGUUGGUUUGUAAACACAGAGACAUGAACGAGAAAGAGCUUGAGGCUCAGGAUGCACGUAAAGCUCAGCUGGAGAAUCAUGAGCCUGAAGACGAGGAAGACUUGGACAUUGACCUGGACAAAGACCUGCAGGACUCAGGCGACGAGAAAGAGAAGGGCAGCGGCAGCGAAGCCGAGAACUCUGGCAGCGAAUCCGAAAGGGAGGAGGUUGAGCCGGAGCAGCGGGGAGCAGAGGAGGCGGAUGAGGGCGAGGAGAGAGGGAAGAAGAGGAGAAAGAUCAGCGGCGGCAGCGUAGGCAGCGGCGGCAGCGGCAGUGAGAGCGGUGGGGAGAGGACCAGAGAGAUGCGAGACGAGGAGGAAAUCUUUGGCAGCGACGACGACAGUGAGGACAAUGAUGACAACGAUGACAACGACGACAACGAGCCCAAGAACUCGGGCCGCAGCAGCGGGAGUGAGGACGAAGGCGGGGACAGAGCCCGCAGUAAGAGUCGCAGUCGGAGCCACAGCAGGAGCCGCAGCAGGAGCCGCAGCAGGAGCCGUAGCAGGAGCCGCAGCAGAAGUCGCAGCAGGAGCCGCAGCAGGAGCCGCAGCGUGUCUCCGGCUCGCAGCGACAGAAGCAGCAACCACUCGGAGGCACAAGCUCAGAGCGGGAGCGGAAGCGAGCGAGCGUCCGACUCCAGUGACGCCAGUGACAGUGAAUAGCGUCCAUGCUCUUCAUCUCCGUGGU